UGCUGCUGCUCGCUCAUCGCAAACCACCCGCACGCACGCACGCACGCACGCACAUCGGAGCAGUGUGAGGGGAGGACGGUGCUCCACGGACAACUGCGUCCCACUCCUGAGAGCAAACAUCUUUUACGACCUCCAGCACCGACUUCUGAUCGCAUCCGACUUUCACCCGAUCACAGCUUUCUCAUUCACGGCGGAGGGGAGCUGCGCGGACAUUUGAGCUUUCAGGCCUCCAAGGAUGGACUCCAUACCUGCGGGACGAGACGCCAGCUCUUCACCAAACUCCAAAGAACUUUCCUACCCGACCACCAAGAACCUGAAGCCCAACCAGGUCGGAGAGACGGUGCUGUACGGAAUACCGAUAGUGUCUUUGGUGAUAGAUGGCCAAGAGAGACUCUGCCUCGCACAGAUAUCAAACACGCUGUUGAAAACCUACAGCUAUAACGAGAUACACAACCGGCGCGUUGCGCUGGGAAUCACCUGCGUCCAGUGCACGCCUGUCCAGCUGGAGAUCCUGCGGAGAGCCGGUGCGAUGCCCAUCUCCUCCAGGCGCUGCGGGAUGAUCACCAAACGCGAGGCCGAGAGACUAUGCAAGUCCUUUCUGGGAGCUCAUGCGCCGCCUAAGCUCCCAGAAAAUUUUGCUUUCGAUGUUUCCCACGAAUGCGCCUGGGGGAGUCGAGGUAACUUCAUCCCGGCCAGAUACAACAGCUCCAGGGCCAAGUGCAUCAAGUGCUUCUAUUGCAACAUGUAUUUCUCACCAAAUAAAUUCAUAUUUCAUUCGCAUCGCACCCCUGAGUCCAAAUACACUCAGCCGGACGCAGCUAAUUUUAAUUCUUGGAGGCGGCAUCUCAAGCUGUCCGAUAAAGGGAGCCAGACAGACAUACUGCACGCGUGGGAAGACGUCAAGGCCAUGUUCAAUGGGGGCAGUCGCAAGAGGACGCUGCCCGGCUGCGGGUCCGAGUCCGGCUCUUCCCUAAAAUCACAUGGACACAGCCGUCCCCGCGAGUCACCCGACGUACCUGCAAAAAUCCUCAGCAGCGAGGACAACCGGGGAGGCAUGCCGAGCACGCGCAGCUACCCGGUCAUACCCGUGCCCAGUAAAGGCUUCGGGAUGCUGCAGAAGAUCCCGCCGCCGCUCUUCCCCCACCCGUACGGCUUCCCGGCUUUCGGCCUGUGCCAGAAGAAAGACGACGGCGCGCUGGGAGAGCAGAGCAAAGCGGGCCUCCCGGGCGUCCUGUGGCCCGGUACCAAGGACAGCGCCUAUCCUACCUUCCCCAUGUUCUGGCCCGCGACGGGCGCGCUGCCCAUGCCUCCGUACCCCCAUGCUCAUCACAAACCCCCAGCAGAGCUGCUGUGUCCUCCGAGACAGACCGACAUGGACAUCUCCGAGCACAGCGACCGGAGCACCAACACGUCCAAAGACAGCAUGGUGGACAACGACCGGUGCUCCAGCACCCAGUCGGCGCGCAACGAAGACGACAAGUCGGGAGACGAGGCGAGGCCGCUGGAGGGGAUGCCCCUCGCGCCCCGGAAAAUCAGCUACGUCUCCGCGUUCAGACCCGUGAUUAAAGACGCCGACUGCAUCGCCAAGCUGUACGGCAACAGGGGCGCGUACAACGGGGGUCGGACCGGCUAUUUAUCACCGGAUUUUUUGAGCGAGAGCUCGAGCUACAGGUCCGUGUCCCCCUGCGCGGACAGCGAGGGCGAGCCGGACGUGGACGUGGAGUCCAACAAGACCCCGGAGGAGGAGGAGGAGGAGCAGCAGCCGGAGGAGUCCCGGCCGCUGCUCGCUGCGUGCUCCCGGACUCUCGGAGGCUUGGCUCACAGCGUCUCCCCAAGCGGCUCAGACUCCAGGAGCCUGCGGCAGAGCAGUCCGCUCGAUUCCCCGAGAAUGAGGCUCCUGCACGCGGCCCCGACGUGUGACAGAGAAGUGCAGAGCAAGCAGAUCUCAGAGACCCACAUGGCCGCGUCUUUCACCGAAGUGUACACAGCGGAGAGGGCUGCGCUGCAACAAAGGAGCAGCCCGUAUCACUUCACACCUGCGAAUUACAAGACGGCAGCACUUACAACAAAUGAUGAGAGUGCAAGUAAAGAGGAGCCGUCGUCCACAGUGGGGGAGAUCGAAACGAAAUCGUUUAAUGAACAAAGCAGUGAUGAGAACCAGCGAGAGCCAGAUGACGGCGAAGACGCGCCAGCUAGAGCUCAGCCGUCACAAAGAGCCAUAGAAAGUCUGGCAAAAGAGGAGCUACAGAAGCAGCUGUUAGAGCAAGUUGAGCUGAGGAAAAAGCUGGAACGAGAAUUUCAAAACUUAAAAGAUAAUUUUCAGGAUCAAAUGAAGAGGGAACUUUCCUACAGAGAGGAGAUGGUUCAGCAGCUUCACAUCGUCAGAGAAGCUCAGGACGCUUUACACCAUUUUUCGUGUAAGAUGUUGACUCCUCGCCAAUGCAGCGGAUCCUGCUCCUUCAAAUCUCCUCUGUUACCGCCCUGAAUCAGAUUACUCAUUAGAAGGAAACAAAAGACUCCUGUCAGCCCAUGGAAAACCUCCAAGGAGUCAAAUUAAAAGAAGACUAACUUGUAAUUAUUUGUAAUAUUACAAAAUGUGUAUCACCCCCAUCAGUAUUUAUUUCAACAUCUUGCAUACAUUGUAAUUUGUUUUCCUGAAAUUAUACCUUGAUGAUAUGUAUUAUUUGUGGCAAAGUGCAAUGACAAUAUAUCUCGUAAUAGUUCUAGGUUGUGGUUUCGUUAUGGUUGUUGUUGUUGUUGCUGUUGUUGUUUUUCUUUUCAAUAAUGAUGAACCAAUUAAUUGCUCCUUGUCCUCUCAGUAAUUAAGCCUCAUUGCUGUAUUCUUCUUUGCAGGCAAAUAGUUUCCUUUAGAUGUAAUGCACUUUAAACCAAUGAUGGGAAUUACCAUUAAAAAAAAACAUGUGCAUUUAAAUAGGUCUACAUUGUAGUGGUCAAACAUGCCCUUUUGUCUGAAAACAUUGAAGUUCUAGGCUGAGGAUCACCGGUGAACUAGCAACGUAUAUUUGAGUAACCUAUUUGUUCAUGUAGCCUAAUAGUCGAUUUAAUCACUAAUAAAUAUAUUUAUUUAAUAAAGAAAUGUG